AAAAAAAAAUUAACUUUUUUGACGAAGUUACUGUUGAACACCGGACAAGUAGGCAAUGAGAUAUGGAAGCCAAGCUUACUCCUUUGCCUCUCUCUCUCUCUGCCUCUUGUUAUUUUUGUUCUCUCUUUCCUUUCUCCUCAAAAACCUUGGUCUCAUUCGUUUUCUUGUAACGCUCAAAUUAAUGCCUUUUUGAUUCUUCCUUCUUCUUUCUUCAGCGUUCUGUCCGAACCACAUUGCCCGUUAUUUUUUUUCUUUGGUUCGGUUUAACUCGUUCUGUCUUUUUCUCAAAUGUGUGUUUUAGUGAGUGAUGAGUGAGUGUCUUUUUUGGUACUAUAUAAGAGAGCUCACAAUUCAUUAUCAAUGAUACAUUUUCUCUCUUCAAAAUGCUCAGUCUCUGGUUUUCUUAAAUGGGGUCUUUUUAUUUUUAGUUUAGGGAUUAAAGAUCAAAACUUUGAGUGUUCUUUCUGUGAUAACUGCAGAUUACUUUAGUGGGGUUGUUGAUGGUUUUGUUCUAUUUUCCUUUUUUUAUGUUGCAUGUUUUGUUUGUAAUCUAAUCCUGUCCUUUUGAACGUUUCAAACCUUUUAAAAAUCUGUUCUUUCACAUGGGUUUGAUGAGUAUUUUGGGUUAUUUUAUAAUUUUGUUUUGAGUUGAGCUCUCUCAGUUUUUGAAAGGGUCUGGCGGGUUUGGUAGAAUUUUGACUAUUUGGACGAUUCUUUUUGAUUUUGCAUUGGGUAAGUUUUUUUUUUUUAAAAAAAAUUUAUAAUACUGUUUGAUGAGCUUUGCUUUUAGUAUACUUGAGAAUUUCUUUGUUGUAAAUGGGGAUGACAGUGUUUUUGUUUUAGUAAAAUAGUAUAUAUGUAUAUUUAUCAGUGAUGGGUUGUUAUGUUUGAGGAUUUUAAGAAGAUGGGAUUAGGUCCUGAUGCUAUUCAAGUUGGUCCGUGGAGUGUGGGAAAAUCAAAUGGGAAGAAAAAGAAAGAUGAGGAUGAUGAAGGGACAGGGUGUUGGAUUAAAUUUAGGUUCAUGGGGGGCUGCUUGUCUUCCAAGGCCAAGGUGGAUGGCUCCAUAAGUGGCAGUGGUUCAAGCACACAAUAUGCGGAAAGUAAAUCUACAAAUGACACCAGCAAAGACCAACCAGUUGUUCCAGUAGUUUCAUCGUCAACAACUACUAGCUUUGCUGAAAGUACUCCAUCAACUCCCAAGGUAGCUGAGGAACUGAAAAUCUCUUCUCAGCUUCGAAAAUUCAACUUUAAUGAGCUGAAAUCUGCAACAAGAGGUUUUAGAUCCGAGAGUCUUUUGGGGGAGGGUGGAUUUGGCUGCGUCUACAAAGGUUGGAUAAGCGAAAGUGGAACUGCUCCAGUGAAAGCUGGCACGGGGAUUCCUGUUGCAGUAAAGACUCUGAAUCAUGAUGGACUCCAAGGUCACAGAGAAUGGCUGGCUGAAGUUAAUUAUCUUGGUGAUCUUCUGCACAUGAAUUUAGUUAAGUUAAUUGGCUGUUGCAUUGAGGAUGAUCAAAGGCUACUUGUUUAUGAAUUCAUGCCCCGCGGAAGCCUGGAAAAUCACCUUUUUAGAAGGUCUCUGCCUCUUUCUUGGUCAAUCAGAAUGAAAAUAGCUCUUGGUGCUGCAAAAGGUCUUGCCUUUCUUCAUGAGGAAGCUGAAAAGCCAGUUAUAUACCGAGAUUUUAAAACAUCUAACAUCUUAUUGGAUGCGGAUUACAAUGCAAAACUUUCUGAUUUCGGCUUAGCUAAAGAUGGUCCAGAGGGAGAUAAAACUCAUGUAUCUACCCGGGUGAUGGGCACUUAUGGCUAUGCUGCUCCUGAGUAUGUGAUGACAGGACAUCUUACUUCAAAGAGUGAUGUUUAUAGCUUUGGAGUGGUUCUACUUGAAAUGUUGACUGGCCGACGAUCCAUGGACAAAACUCGACCAAAUGGAGAGCAAAACUUGGUGGAAUGGGCACGACCACAUCUUGGAGAAAGGCGAAGGUUCUAUCGACUAUUAGAUCCUCGACUUGAAGGUCGUUUCUCAAUCAAAGGUGCUCAGAAAGCGCUUCAAUUGGCCGCUCAUUGCAUCAACCGUGACCAGAAAGCUAGGCCUUUGAUGAGUGAAGUUGUUGAAGUGCUAAAACCUCUUCCUGAGAUGAAGGACAUGGCGUCAUCCUCCUCUUACUUCCAAGCUCUUCAUGUAGAGCGAUCUGGCUCGGCUACUAGAAUGCAGGCAGGGCUUGCUAGGAAUGGACAACCAACAAGAAGCCUGUCAGCAUCAAAUGCUCAGCAGGCUUCUCCGUAUCACCUCAAUCAGCGAAACUGGUCACCGAAACCAAGAGAACAAUCUUCUUCGAAGUGAGUGCUGAUUGAACUUUUUGAUGAUAGGCUGAGAGAUUGAGUAACUAAUGGUACUCCAAUCUUGAUGACCCUACUUAAAGGCUAGGAAAUUGUGUUGAAAAAGGGUCAAAGAAUGAUCCAGCCUUGUUUUUCAUUUCAUUUAAAAAUGGUACAGAAAACACAAUUUAAUCUUUUUGGAUGCUUGUUUAUGGUUGAAGAAACUUUAGUAAAUAUCAUAUAUCAUAUAUGCAAUUAUAUUGCUUCACAA